ACCUCAGACACAGUCUCUGUUGUGUGACGCAGAGCUGAGCUCCCCUCCGUUUAGAGGCACGCAGAGGACUGUCUUUGAAAGAGUUGUCAGCCAGAGAAAACGAGAAUUAGCACGGAAGCAUGAGUCUCACUGUGAAAAGCCUCCGGGCUCUGCGAUGUCUGUGGAGGGGAUGGAGGUGUCUCUCCUCUCAGGGAGGCGCUAUGAACGUGUUUGACAGGAGCAUGAAGCGUAGGCAGAAGCAAUGGGCUUCAUCUUUACUAGACAGCGACAAAUACGAUUACAUCCGAGACGAGGUGGGGAGCAGAUUAGCAGACAGAGUUUAUGAUGUCUCAAGGACUUUCCCUCUGGCUCUGGAUGUAGGAUGUGGGAAGAGUCACAUCGCGGAGCAUUUGAGUAAGGACAUUGUUGAACGUCUCUUUUUAACAGACAUUUCAGACUCUUCCCUGAGAAAUAGGAAGAAAUGUGAGAUGCCUACUCAGUGUGUUUUGGCAGAUGAGGAGUUUUUGCCAUUUAAAGAAAACACGUUUGACCUAGUGCUUAGCAGCCUGAGUCUGCACUGGAUCAACGACCUUCCUGGAGCUUUGAGACAGAUCCACCAGGUGUUGAAGCCGGAUUGCGUGUUCAUUGGAGCAAUGGUCGGCAGUGAGACGCUCUACGAGCUGCGAUGUUCUCUGCAGUUAGCCGAGCUAGAGAGGGAGGGCGGCUUUGCGCCCCAUAUCUCACCCUACACAGCCGUCACUGACCUGGGCAACCUGCUGGGACAGGCCGGCUUCAAAAUGCUCACUGUGGACAUUGAUGAAGUUCAGGUCCAUUAUCCUGGUAUGCUGGAGGUCAUGAGUGACUUACAAGGUAUGGGUGAAAGCAACUGUGCGUGGAACAGGAAGUCACUCCUACACAGAGACACUAUACUGGCGGCAGCUGCCAUUUAUAAAGAGAUGUAUGGCAAUGAAGAUGGUUCAGUUCCAGCUACAUUUCAGAUCCUCUACAUGAUUGGCUGGAAGCCUCAUGAGUCUCAGGCAAAACCAGCAAAAAGGGGUUCGGCGAAUGUCUCGUUUGCCGAUCUGUCAAAAAUAAGCAAACUUCAGACCGACCACCAGAAAACCAAUGAAAAACCCUAGGACAGGAAGAAGUUUUAUCCUCAAAUCAACUCCGGAUCUGCUUUACUUACAUGAACAUGAUUACACACGAACGUU